AAUCAACAGAAACGUAUAAGUUGGAAGAAGUAUCUCGGACAUCCUUGCCUUGUAUUUCACUUCCACACCACUUGAGGCUGAAGAAGAGACCUAACGCGCCAUCAAACAUGUCGGAGCCAAGUCGCCAAGAAUCAUCGGUCAAGGGGGAGCAUCCCCUGGACGAAGGAAAGAAACAUAUCCUCCUGAAUGCGUUUGAUAUGUCGACCAUCGGCCAUUUGUCCCCAGGCCAGUGGAAGAACCCGGUCGACAAAUCGACUACCAAACAUGAUUUGGACUAUUGGAUCAACCUGGCCAAGCUAUUAGAUAAAGGCGGCUUCAAUGCUCUCUUUCUAGCUGACACGUAUGGCGGUUAUGACACAUACGAGGGGAGCCUCCAUAACUGUAUCAGGAGAGCUGCACAAUGGCCCGUGACGGAUCCCACUAUUCCAAUUAGUGCCAUGGCAGCGGUCACAAAGAACCUCUCCUUCGCUAUCACGGCUUCCACAUCUUUCGAGCCUCCGUUUCUGCUGGCCAAGCGAUUUUCCACCCUCGAUCACUUCACUAAAGGCCGUUUCGGGUGGAACAUUGUCACCUCAUGGAAAAAAGCCGCAUUCAAGGCAAUCGGCCUGGAAAACCCCAUCGACCACGACGAGAGGUAUCUUCAAGCUGAUGAAUAUCUGCGGGUUCUCUACAAACUUUGGGAAGGUUCAUGGGCAGACGACGCCAUCGCGCCAGACGCCGAAAACGACAGCUACGCUGACCCCGACAAGAUCCGCAACAUCAGCCACCACGGCAAAUAUUUCAAUUUGGACUCCCGCCACAUUGUCAACCCCUCGCCUCAGCGGACCCCGUUUCUCUUUCAAGCUGGGACUUCACCCGCUGGUUCCGAAUUCGCCGCAACGCACGCAGAGGGGAUUUUUGUGAGUUCUCACUCUCCAAAAAUCCUUCGUCCAAAGAUCCAGAAGAUCCGAGAGCUUGCGGCCGCAAAGGGCCGGGACCCGAAAUCACUCAAGUUCUUUGGGACUUACACCCCUAUUCUGGGACGCACGGACGAAGAAGCCAAGGAGAAACUGAAAGAGCUGGAAAAAUAUGUAUCGACUAUUGGUGGGCUGGUGCUCGUCAGUGGCUGGACUGGAAUUGAUCUUUCCAAGAUCCCAGUUGACCAGAAUGUCACCGCGGCUGACUCUACGGAGGCUCACAAAGUCCGCAGUAUAUUGGAUUCUUUCACUACGACUAGUCCUGAUGUCCCCGAAUGGACCCCCCGAGUCAUCGAGCAGAAGGCGAGCAUUGGUGGUCUAGGGCCUCUCGGUGUUGGUAGUCCUCAAACAGUUGCAGACGAUAUGUGUAGGUGGAUCCGUGAAGGUGACUUGGACGGGUUCAACCUGGGAUACGUCACCACUCCUGGCACAUUUGAAGAUGUGGUGGAGUUACUGAUCCCGGAGCUUCGAAAAAGGGGCUUGUAUCCCAGUGAGGACGACGGGUCCGUCAACUGGACUGCCCGAGAGAGAAUAUACGGUGCUGGGCAGAAAGGAUUGAGAGAUGAUCACACGGGUGCUGCUUACAGGUAUGACCAGUACAAAGAAGACCCUCCAUACGUGGUUGACAGGUCUGGGGAAGUUUCGGGAACUACUAAAGAGUGAGACCGGUGGAGUAAUUCAUGCUGAUAAUACUGAACCGAAAGAUUAUCUCAAAAGUAUUGCCCACAAACUCCGUUCCGCACCUGUAUAAGUAAGAUGUCUUUAGUUGGAUUAGAU